AUGUUAAAAACGAAUAAAAAUACUGGAAUUCUUGAUAAAACAUUGAAUAAAUCACGGCCAAAAAUUAGUAUAACACCAUAUGUAUUUCUUUUUGGGGAAAUUGUUAAAUAUGCCCAACAUAAAGCAAAAAAUACAACAGAUUUCCAGGAAAUUUUGUCAAAUUUUGGAAAAUUUGUUGGAAGAAAAAGUCAUGAUUCAAUAUAUUUAAAAGAAAAAGGAUAUAAACGGGAUACAAAAUUUCAUAAUGUACUUCUAUUUAUCAAAGGUCCAAUGUGGAAAAAUUUAUGGGGUAAAGAGGUUGACAAGGUAGAAAGAAGUAAUGAAGAUCCAUGUAAAUAUUUUUUCUUUGAAAAAGAUCCUGUUAUUAAUACAUAUAUAUCACAGAGAAAAGAUAAAACAGAUAUUAAUUGUGCCACUUUUAAUGCCGGAAUAAUAGAGGCUAUAUUGACGGAAUUAGGAUAUCUUUGCAAAGUAAGUGCACAUUGGCAUAAUGGAACUACAUACAUGAUUCUUUUUGAGGAAGAUUACCCCUCAAAAGAAACAUUUUCUAAAACAAAAUAA